AUGGUGAGUUGCCCGUUUAUAUUGCUGGAUGAAAAUUGGUUAAAAAUAAUGGAACUGGAUAUCGCCAAGCACUUUCAACAAUUAUUAAAUGGCAAUGAAAACUUAAAAUCGACAGGUCAAGCAGCUAUUGAAACGUUAAUGCGAUGCAUUGAGAUUUCUAAAGCAAAAACGGUAAAUGAACUGACAGAUGAAUUGAGGAAUGCAGUGGUUGCUAUGUCAACAACUGACCAUAGUAUACCAUCUAUUCGAAGUGCUAGCGAAUUAUUUUUAAGGUUUAUAUCACUUGCUACACCUGAAGAGAAUGCACAGGAAUUUAGUAUUUUAAUGCAUAAAUACAAGGAGCGUGGAAGUAUUUUUAUUGAGCGAGUUGAACUGAGCAAAACGCUGAUAGCUUGUUUUGCAGUGCCUUUUAUUCGAAACAAUAUGCGCAUACUUACCCAUUCAUACAGUAAGGUUGUAUUGGAAGUGUUGUUACAUGCUAGGAGAAAUGGCGUUAAUGCACAUGUUUUCGUUACAGAAUCUUGCCCAGAUAAAUCAGGUAAUGUUAUGAUUAAAGCAUUAAAAGAUGCUGGAAUUCACUGCACAUUAAUAUUGGACGCCGGAGUUGGAUAUAUAAUGGAAACAAUUGAUUUGGUAAUGGUUGGUGCAGAAGGUGUUAUGGAAACUGGUGGUAUCAUAAACAAAAUUGGUACACAUCCGUUGGCAGUGUGCGCGAAAGCAAUGCAUAAACCAUUUUUUGUUAUGGCGGAAAGUAUCAAAUUUGUGAAGGAAUAUCCUUUAAAUCAGAAUGAUAUACCUAUUGAAUUCAAGUAUGCGGCUUCAACUUUGACAAAACAUAAGUUUGACGGUGAUUUUUCAAGUGAGCAUCCACUUGUCGACUAUACUCCACCACAGUAUAUCAAUUUGCUUUUCACCAAUCUUGGUAUUUUGACACCUGCGGCUGUUGGUGAUGAACUUAUUAAACUAUAUGUAUAA